CUUUAGUUGAGAAGUAGCGUCAACGCCGCGGGUCAGCACGGGUUUUAGUACCAAAAAUGAUUGCGGGACGGUGUAACGUCCGCGGUGAUAUGACAUUGGGCUGCUAGGUAAAUGCUUGAUGUUUUUGACAGGCAACUAGUAAACCCUAGUCCAAGUAGAUAUAAGAGCAGCAUCAAUCCCUCCUUGUUUCUGAGAUCUGCACACAAACUUUCUUGCCCAGAUCGUCUGUCACCAUGCGCUGCAACGUCUUGUCACCUUCGCUCUUGGCGCUCAGCCUUUCAACCAGUGUCACUGCCCGUCCAGAGAUUCCUUUCAUCAGUACACUUCUCGACCCUUUGCAGCAUAUCGUCAAGUCCGCUUAUGCUGGUGAUGGACUCAAGGUCGGACAUCUUGGCGAACUGGGUGGCAUUCCUGGUGUCGAUGCCGAGUACGACUAUGUUGUCGUAGGAGGAGGCACAGCGGGAAACACCAUCGGUUACAGACUUGCAAAGGCUGGCUACAGUGUUGCUAUUGUUGAAGCUGGCCCUUUCCUCGAGAUCUCCAAGCCUAUUCUCGCGACAUCGCCUGGUGGAGUGACGGCCGGCAGUGGCGCAAGUCUUCUGGACUCUAACCCUCUUCGCGAUUGGAGAUUCACGACUACGGCGCAGACAGGUGCUGAUGAUCGCGAGAUUCACUAUGCUCGUGGAAAGGUUCUUGGUGGCUCAUCUCAGCUCAACUUUCUGGUUUACCACCGACCAACGAACGGUACUAUGGCCAAGUGGGCUGAGGAUGUCGGAGAUGAUAGCUAUACAUGGGAGCAAAUGUUGCCUCACUUCCAGAAGAGCCCCUCCUUCACACCACCGGACAAUGAGAAGCGCAACGUGACAACUGACUACGACGCUUCCGCAUUCUCCAAAGAGAAGGGCCCUCUCCAAAUCAGUUACGCCAACUACGUCCCCUCCUGGGCUGUUCUCGUGGAGAAGGGACUCAAGUCCCUUGGUUUCAAGGGUAUAGAUGGUUUCAGCAGCGGUAGUCUUCUCGGCUACUCAUACACGACAACAACAGUUCAACCCAAGACCGCUACCCGAAGUGCUUCCGAUGAUUUUGUGAAGACCGCGAGAAGUGAGAAGCUCAAGACACUCAAGGUGUACACUGAGAGCCUUGCCAAGAAGGUGACCUUCGACGAUGACAAGAAGGCUACCGGUGUUGAGGUCAGCUCUGUUGGUAUUGAUUACACUCUCAAGGCUAAGAAGGAGGUCAUCGUCAGUGGUGGAGCUUUCCAGUCACCCCAGGUUCUGAUGGUUUCUGGUGUUGGACCCAAGCAGCAUCUGGAAGAGCUUGACAUUCCUGUAGUUGCCGAUCUUCCUGGAGUUGGCCAGAACCUCUGGGAUCAUGUCCUCUUCGGACCUUCAUUUGAAGUGCAAGGUCUCGAGGACACCCUCAGCGCUGCGAUCAACAACGACACUGUUUUCCAAGGCGCGCUUGAUGCUUAUGCUCAGCAACAAGCUGGUCCUCUGACAUCCAACCAGGUCGAGCUCUUGGGUUGGGAGAAGGCUCCUGAGAAGUACCGAUCGAAGUUCUCCGCUGAGACUAUCAAGGACCUUGCGACUUUCCCUGAUGACUGGCCUGAGAUGGAGAUCAUUCCUCUUAACGUCUACUCUGAGGACUGGUCAUUCCCUAUCCUGCAGCAGCCCACCGAUGGAAAGAAGUACACCAGUCUUAACGGCGCCUUGGUCGCACCUCUAUCCCGCGGCAACAUCACUCUUCGAACAAACUCGACCACCGACGCUCCUCUCAUCAACCCCAACUUCCUCACCAAGAAGGCCGACCAAGAAGUUGCCAUCGCUCUGUUCCGUCGCCUUCGAGAAAUCGCCAAGUCCACCCCUCUGAAGGACACCGUGCUGAAGGAGGUGUAUCCUGGUGAGCAGCACGAAACAGAUGAACAGAUUCUUGCUGUUCUUCGUGAUACACUCAUGACUGUUUGGCACGCUGCUUGUACUUGCAAGAUGGGCAAAAAGGAUGAUGAGAUGGCUGUUCUUGACUCUAAGGCUCGUGUAUACGGUGUCAAGGGACUGCGGGUUGUCGAUGCCUCUGCUUUCCCUCUUCUCAUUCCUGGUCACCCUGUCGGUACCGUAUAUGCGUUGGCCGAGAAGAUUGCUCAUGAUAUCAUUACGGAAGAGAAGAGUGAGGGUUCCGCAUACAAGGUUGAUAUUGAUGUGGAGGUUUCUUGAAACGUUCUUUAACUAUUUGUUUAAUUCUUUGUUAGACUUGCCCUAUUCUUUUUAGACGUACAUAGACACUUUCACUUAGAAAUCCUGAACAUGAACUGAAGCAAUUUCUACCCUUCAUCACUG